AUGGCUCCUCCGGCGACCGAUCCGGCGAAGAUGCAACAGAUCCAGCACUUCCUUUCCUCCGUGCUCUCCCAGCGUGGCCCCUCCGCUCUCCCUUACGCCGAGACCACCAAAUGGCUGAUCCGACAACACCUCCUCAACCUAAUCUCUUCCUACGCUUCCCUCGAGCCCAAAACGGCGGCGUUUACUCACAACGAUGGCCGCUCCGUGAUCCUCCUCCAGGCCGACGGCACAGUCCCGAUGCCUUUCCAAGGCGUCAGCUACAACAUCCCCGUCGUCAUCUGGCUCCUCGAAUCGUACCCCAGCCAUCCUCCUUGCGUCUACGUCAAUCCCACUCGCGACAUGAUCAUCAAACGCCCUCACUCCAACGUCUCUCCUUCUGGCCUCGUCUCUCUCCCUUACCUCCACAACUGGGUUUACCCUAGCUCAAAUCUCCUCGAUCUCGCCGCUCAGCUCAGCGCCGCCUUCUCCCGCGAUCCGCCGCUUUACGCUCAGCGCCGUCCCCAGCCACCUUCCCCCUCUCCUUCGAUCGGAUCCGGAUAUUCGCGGCCUCCUCCGUCUCCAUAUGGCCACCACCAGCAACAGCAGCAGCGUACGGAUGAUGCGGCGGAGGUGUACAAGAAGAACGCGAUCAAUAAGAUGGUGGAGAUGAUUCACGUCGAUCUCGUCACGAUGAGGAUUGCUAGAGAAGCGGAGGCGGAAGGACUAUUGAGCUUACAAGCUGGCCUUAAGAGGAGAGAAGAAGAGCUCAACAGAGGUUUGCAGGAAAUGGUGGACGAGAAGGAAACCUUAGAGCAGCAAUUACAGGUUAUGGCCAUGAACACCGACUUUCUCGAUUCCUGGAUUGUAGAGAACAAAGGGAAAACCAAGAAUUUGCCAGUAGAUUUGGAUGUAGAUAAUGCCUUUGAUUGCAUUGGAGCACUAUCCAAACAGAUGUUAGAGUGCACUGCAUCGGAUUUAGCCAUUGAAGAUACUGUUUAUUCGAUGGACAAAUCGUUUCGAGAUGGGUUGUUACCAUUUGAUCAGUAUCUGAGGAAUGUGAGGUUGUUGUCGAGGGAACAAUUCUUCCACCGAGCCACGGCUGAGAAAGUUAGAGCCACACAGAUGGAAGCUCAGGUUGCUUCGAUCGCAGCUAGGUUGCACUCGUGA